GAGGCAGAGGCAGAAGCCUUGGCUGCGGCUGCCAAGGAGGAUGGUGAGGAGUCCAGUGACUCUUCUGACUCUGACUCGAACUCAUCCAGUGGCUCUUCCAGUGACUUUGGCCUGAAGAAUGAACAUGGGAAGGAGAAGAAACCGAAGGCGAAAGCAAAACCCAAGACCAAGUCUGGUUCCACUGGACAGAGGAAGCCCAAGCACACUGAUGAGGCUGCCGAAGUUCCGGGUGAGGCUCAAGAAGAGCCUGCUCCUAGUAUUUUGUCGUCAGACAAAGGCAGCCAACCCGCUCCUGAGGAUGGCAAGAAAUCAAGUCCAGCCGCCAUGUACGAGAAAGCAAAGGUGUGCUUGUCUUCUUUGAAGGAGAUGUCCGCGUGGAGCAUUUCAAAUGGCCUGAAGGCCCCUUAUGUAGAGGGGCGAGUUGCCAAAGCCUUUGACUUCAUUUCCAAGCUGGAGGGCCAGCAGGAUCCAAAUUCGCUGUCACUGGCAAAGGAACUUGGUGCUGAGGCAGAUCGAGUUUCACAUGCCAUGGAGAUGUUUCCAAGCCUUACAUCAGUGGAUCCUUUGGUUGAAGUGCUACAAACUCAUGGAGCUGACAUUGCGGGCACUGUGAUCCAGUGGACUUUUGAGCAGUUCAAUAGCUACCUCACCGACCUUGGGAGGAAGUUGUGUGACCUCCUCAGUUCACAGAUUGGUGACAUCAGCAAGGUUCCUGUCUUCUUCCACUUUGUCUCCAUUGCAAGUUCAGACAAAUGGAAAGGCUUGAGCUUGGGCCUUUUCAAGGAGAAGGCGGACCGGAUCUCUGAUGAGAAGCUUCGUCAGGAGACCUUGAUUCAUUUGGCUCAGGUGCAGCACAACUUACUGAACUACUUCCUAGACCGCUUCCGCACGAUGAACGCCAACAUCGUCGAAGCUGUUCUGGCUGCAAUGCCCUUGGAAUGGCGUGCGUGUGAGCUGGGCAAGAGUCACAUUGAUGUGAAGGCAGCGCUCUUGAAAUCAUCUGCGAUUGCGUCUUCACUUACCAGUUUGGAGUCUGAGAUGAUGUCCAAGUCCUUUCCACCGGAGUCUCGUUGGAGCGAGCUCUCCAGCUGCAAAGACGUGAUUGCACUCCUCUCGUCGGAACAGGAGAACUUCUCGGAGGAACAGAUUGGGCUUGUUUCCACACUGAUUGAUGCACGCAAUUCAGUGACUGCCCACUCUCCGAAGCUAGAGGACUGCUUGCCCAAGUUGGAGAACUUCCUCAAGAGCCAGUGGCUGUCCAACACUGAGACUGAUGAGGGUCGUGGCAAGCUCAAUCUAAGCCCUGAUUCUGAGCAAGACACUGAACACAUGCUUCAGAUGUUGGUGGACACAGGAAAAGCAGGCUUCUUGCACUACCACUUGCUUGAAGACACCCCAAGUGCGGUUGCACUGCUUGCGGCGCGGAUCUGCCAAUGCCUUCAUGGACCUUUCAAUCAUGAUGGGACUACGGUGCUUGCUCGUGCAGUGUCUCUAUGGGGAGAUGUACGUCCUGCACUGCUGGAUGCCCUACGCCUUGACACCGAAGCUCAAAGCAAGUGGGCCAUUAUUUCUGUGGCAAAGGAUGCGUUUCAGCGUCUUGAGGUUGCAAUCCAGCUGCAGGCGUUCAAUGAAUUGAAAGACCUCAUUGCCAAAGAUGGCUUGGAGGAAGCGAUGAACAAGUUUGACAAGACCUUCCCCGCAGAUAGCAACAUUCCUGCUUCCUUGAAUCACUUCAUGAGCACCUUGAGGUCAAGUAGGGCUCUUGCCUCUGAGCCCUUAGACACAACAAUUGGCUCCUCAGACUUUGAGUCGUUGCAGAAGAGCUUGGCCCUUUACAUGAAGCUCAAGGCUAUGGAUGCAUCUUUCCUUCAACUCGUCCAACCAGAUAUUGCAGUGAAGGUCGAGGGCUUCAUCAAGAUGUAUGACGGCGCAUUCAAGGGAUGGUUGAAGGAGAAGACAAA